UGGAAGUAUUAAGGUUCAAAACAUUUUACCGUCGAGCGUGCCCGUGACAUCAUCAACCUGCGUCAAGGUUUUCUUGUUAUCAUCUUACUUGUCAUCUCGAAUAUUUGCUUGGAUAAAACACAUGCCAGCAGAGCCUCCAGCAGUGAAUGAGGUCUAGAGUUGUUUUGGAGCAACCCUCCAUCUGGAGCCAAGAUGGGCCAGCAGCUUUCUGGCCAGGCAGUGACCAGACUCCCUGAGAAACUGAUCAAACAUGUGGGGCUAGUGCGCGACAGUGGCUACCUUACCUAUGAUGAGUUCUUGGGUCGUGUGGCAGAGCUCAAUGAUGUAACUGCUAAACUAGCCUCUGGCCAAAAGAAACAUCUGUUGUUUGAAGUACAGCCGGGAUCUGAUGCAACGGCAUUAUGGAAGGUUGCUGUGAGAAUAGUGUGCACCAAGAUUAACAAGGAGGAUGGAAUGGUAGAGGCCUCUCGUAUUAUGAAUCUGUACCAGUUUAUCCAGCUCUACAAAGACAUCACCAGCCAGGCAGCUGAAGUGUUUUGUUCAGAGGCUGCAGCAGAGGGAUCCUCCGGACCGCUGUCAUCAGAAGACACCUGCCAGGCCAGCAUGUGGAUGGGCAGGGUCAAACAGUUGACUGAUGAGGAAGAAUGCUGCAUCUGCAUGGAUGGGAAAGCAGACCUUAUUCUGCCCUGUGCUCACAGUUUCUGUCAGAAGUGUAUUGACAAGUGGAGCGGUCAGAGCCGAAACUGCCCCGUCUGCCGGAUUCAGGUGACUGCCGCUAAUGAAUCAUGGGUCAUGUCAGAUGCUCCCACAGAGGAAGAUAUAGCUGGGUACAUUCUCAACCUAGCGGAUGAAGCCGGACACCCACACAGACCUUAAAAUGAAGCACUGUGCCACUGACAUAUUCACUGUCUCCCCAUAACAGAUGACCUUCUUUAAACAGUUAUUUCAUAGGGUGACUGUGGGUAUUUGUUGCACUAUAUAGUGUCACUCACUGAAGGCAAUAACUGCUGAGUUUUUGACUUUUUAAUAUACUAUUUUUAGGUUAAUGCAUCAUAUUAUAACACCUGAUCAAUUCAUAGACGUGACUGUGAACUGUAUGUUGGUAAAUGCUAAACAAGAUGUAGCUGUGAAACAACUUUAUUUCCUUGUUGCACUUGCCGUCUUAUCUCGUUUGUGAAGUAAUUGCACUUAAGUGCGUUUGUUCCGUAAAGGCCUUGUAAUACCUGAAUAAGCGUCACAGUGUCAGCAUGUGCAACGAUUUAGUAUUGAUGCUGUAAUUCAGUCACACAUGAUUCAGUGACAUUAACUGUACAGUUGAUGUGCAUUUAUAAUCUUAGGUUUAACAGAACAACUAUAGUGAUCUGUUUGACUUGGACUUCUUAUCUGUAUGCAAGUUGGAUGAAAUGUUAAUUAUAGGGCAUGACUCUCAUAACAUUCAUUAUGAAACAUAAUAAGGAUGGAUUAACAUUUGGGAUAAUUUGCUUGUUUUCCUUAGUUGCAAAUGAAAGCUUUAUUUUACAGGGCAUCAUAUUAUAGGUUAGUCACCUUUUUAUAUAUUUGUUUUCUGGUUUGAAAUCCUAGACUUUUCGUUCCGCACUUUGUUUGAGAGAGACUGUGAAUUUGUGGGCUUGGGGAAUUCACUUGUAUUAUAAAUAAUAUGUAUAGAUCAAACUUUAUAUGUAAAUCUAAAUAUGCGUGGCAGUUUAUUAAGAUUUAAUCUAGUUUAUUAAGAUCCACUAAUCUAGUUUUAAAAAUGUGUUUAUUUCUGCAAUAUUCUCAUGUUUAUAGAGGUAAGACUGAAUGGUUAAUGAUUUAUUGGAGAAAAUGACACUAGUUGCUGUUUUCUAUUGUGAGAAUGUUCUUUCAAAGGAGAGUUCUUUUAAUUAUGGACUGAACUGAUAUUUGUUGUUCUCUUUUCUUGUAUAAAUAUCGAAUAAUAAAGUAAAUUGCAUAUUU